CAACUCUUAAAUAUAACGACAAGGAGUUCCAGCCUCAAACCACUCGGCUAUACAUAGCUACUCUAAACAUGAACUUUCUCACCAAAGUGCUCUUUUUGGGAUUCGCUGUUGGCUGYGCCCUUGCCUCUGAUGAGCUUGUGGGGGACGUCAGUGAAGACGUCAAGCUCGACAAGCGAGGUUUUAUCCAGUUUUACCGCCUUAUUCGCGAAUUCACCAAACGAGACCCAACAGACUACUGGAACUAUGGUUGUUGGUGUGGACUCGGUGGCAAAGGAACACCAUUAGAUGAAACAGACAGAUGUUGCAAGGAGCACGAUUUGUGCUUUAACCAACUGACACGAAGUAGAAUCUGUGGACGAUACGAGGUUUAUCGCAAGAAUUACUACCACACUGGACUUAAGUGCUACACAGGUUGGUGGUCGUCUCGCUGUGGUCGUGGGAUUUGCAAGUGUGACGUAGCAGCUGUCAAGUGCUUCAGACGAAGUCGUUUCAACAAAAGCUACAGGAAGUACAAGAAAAGUCAAUGUUAAACCCAUCACGUAGUCUUUCCCUAUAAAACAUCGAACGUGAAAGCCUUACUUAGUUAAUAAAAGUUGAUAAAGUAAA